UGCUGUGUCUGCCACCAUAGCUCAUCAACACCGUCGUGUACGUCGUGUGACGAAUAUGGGAACGCUGUCAAAUGGUCUGGGAGGAUAUCAUGUCGCUAAAGUGGAAGGUCUAUGGUCGGAUAGUGACGCAGGUCACAGAUAACUCGUGUAUCUUAACGCCGGUGGCUCCUGGGCUUCCGUUAGCACGUGACGCGUGAGGCACUGCACAGCGGUAUACGUGUUUUAAGUAAACACAACGGAAUGAUCGCAAGUCCGGCUUUCCGCCAUUGAUAAAGGUAACGCACACUGUCCUCUAACUGGCUUGUUGGUGCGUAACGUGCUGAGCGAUAGAAGGACGAGAUUCAAAAACGCACCAGGACCUCGCGUUUGACCUCCAGCGGGUGCCGUGCAUCACACCAUGUUGGUGACGGCAUAUCUUGCCAUCAUCGUCCUGCUCGCCCUGUGUGUUGGCCUCGAGCUCACAGCACGCCGCCUCGUCCCACCGCAGUCGACUCCGACUGCUGCGGCCAACCCGGCUUUCCGUCGCUUCCAGAGUACAUUCCUCCGCGCAUACCUGUUGGCGUUGUGGGCGGACUGGCUCCAGGGCCCUUACCUCUACAAACUCUACCGUCACUACAGCUUCCUGGAAUCCCAAAUAGCCAUCUUAUAUGUGUGUGGCCUGGCCUCCUGCAUUCUGUUUGCUCCCUUUUCAGGCUGGCUCUCUCAAGUCUUGGGUCGCAGACGCACGUGUCUCCUGUUCUGCCUGUCCUACUCUGCUUGUUGUCUCACCAAGCUGUCCACAGACUACUUUGUUUUGAUUUUGGGUCGGAUCCUGGGGGGUCUGUCCACAUCCCUGCUCACCACCACAUUUGAAGCCUGGUAUGUGCACCGUCAUGUAGACAUCCACGAUUUCCCCAAGGAGUGGAUCCCCAGUACCUUCACCAAAGCGGCCACCUGGAACCACGGGCUCGCUGUGGGCGCCGGGCUGGUGGCUAACCUGCUGGCUGAAUGGCUCCAUCUGGGGCCGGUGGCUCCGUUUCUCCUGGCGGUGCCCUGCUUGGUGUGCUGUGGCUGGGUGGUGCUCACCGACUGGGGCAAGGAAGAGGCUGACGACGGCGCUAAAGGGGACGAACAAAAGCUGCCUUUUGGCACUCCGAGUGGAGGAGUGAGCCGCUUGUCUGCAAGGGCCCGUUUCUCACGCAGCUGCCAGGAUGGGUUGCGCUGUCUGCUGUCGGACAGGAGAGUUAUGCUCCUAGGUGGAGUGCAGGCCCUGUUUGAAAGUGUCCUUUAUAUUUUUGUUUUCCUGUGGACCCCGGUGUUGGACCCUCAUGGGCCUCCUUUGGGGAUCGUGUUCUCUUGCCUGAUGGCUGCCAGCAUGGCCGGCUCCUUGUUGUACCGCAUAGCCACCUCCACACGCUAUCAUCUCCAGCCUGGCCAUGUUCUCUGCCUGGCUGUGCUGAUGGCCUUCUUCUCCCUCUUCAUGCUGACCUUCUCCACUGCCCCAGGCCAACCUCGACCUCAUGAAUCCUUUCUGGCCUUCCUGCUGCUGGAGCUGGCCUGUGGGCUCUAUUUCCCUGCAGUCAGCUUUCUCCAGGGCAGGGUGAUCCCGGAGGAGAAGCGGGCGAGUGUGCUGGCCUGGUUCAGACUGCCUCUGCACCUGCUGGCCUGCCUCGGGCUGCUGGCGCUUCAUGGGGAGAUAUCAGGAACGGGUGGCGGGGAGGAAGGCAACGGCACCAGACGCAUGUUUGGAGGAUGUGCCGUGAUGAUGCUGGCGGCUUUGAUGGCCGUCGUCAGUCUGUUUACUUUCGGCAGAGAUGACACCGAGCUGAGGCUGGAGGGAACGAGAGACGAGGGGGAGCUGGACUGAGGACAUAUUCAUUUAUGCUUGACUGGUUUUGAAUGUAACGUGCCUGUUUAGUUUGCCAAAUUCAUCACUGAAGGAAAUCAAAGACCGAGGGGGUGUUGGUAGAUACAUAUUUAGAUCCAUUUUAUUUGUAUAUGUAACUGUUACUUCUCUGUCGUUGUUUUUGUUUUGAGGAGAGACUUUUACUAAUCCUGUCUGCGUGGGGCUGCUUUGGGAACAUAGCCAUAUCGCCCAUCCUUUGUCAAGUGAACGGCUUGAAUGUCCAAAACUCCUGUAUGAAACUAUUCCAGUGAACACAGUAUUGCCUCAUUGUGUGCCCCUUUAGGGAGACGAGGUGCUGUGUUUGACACAAUAUGUUUCAUUUCAUUUGGCAGUAUCCCCAUGAGGAUCAGUACUAGACGUUCCAUUAUUUGUUGUAAAAACACAUGAAAAGAGUUAAAUAUAUAUUUACGAAAUAUGUUAAUGACUAGCAUGCGAGUCAGUUCUUGCAAUACUUCUGUGUGUUUUUUUUUUUACUGCGUCCGUCGUUUUCUUGAAAAGAGAAUUCUACAGUUUGUCUGUUUUACUGCAUUAAUGCUUUUCUGCAUCUUUUGGGAUAUUGCUCAUCUGUGAUCUUUAUACUUUUAAAUAAAAGGGUACAUAUUGUACAUAAUAGUUA